AUGGCAAAACAUGAUUCAUCUAAAUACGGGGACCUCAUCUCCAAGAGUAUUCCAAUCAGCUCAGGUUGUCCCAAAGUCUAUCAGAUGAACCCAAGGUCAACCAAGAUUGGGAGCAUCACAUGCCGUACUGUUGGUGAAAGAAAGGCAGAUCACACAAACAGGACCAUCUUACUUGUCGGUGAAACAGGAUGUGGGAAGUCUACGCUGAUCAACGCUCUGGUAAACUAUGCCAUGGGAGUGACCUGGGAGGAUCAAGUUUGGUUUAAGAUCGUAAAUGAAGUCCAGGGAAAGCAAGUGGAGAGUCAGACAUUAGAUGUGGUUGUGUACAAAGUCAUUGGAUUUGAGGACCAAACUUUGCCCUUCUCGCUAACCCUCAUUGACACCCCUGGGUUCGGAGUCACAAAGGGGACCCAAGAAGAUAACGCUGUUCCUACAAGAUUGUAUGAAUUGUUUCGAUCGCCAGAGGGAGUCAAGGAAAUCCAUGCACUGGGUUUGGUGGUGAAGGCGUCAGAGAAUCGUCUGAGUGACCGACAGUUGUACAUCUUGAAUUCUGUGAUGUCUCUGUUUGGAAAGGACAUGGAGAAAAACAUAAUAUUGCUCAUCACACACUCAAAUGACAUGAUACCUAUUAAUGUAUUUGACGCUCUGGAGGUCGCCGGUGUUAAAUGUGGCAAAAAUGAGAAAAAUGAACCCAUUCACUUUCUGUUUGACAACUGCAAGGAAAUAAAAGGAGAACAGAAGGAACGUGCCUUGAAGUAUGCUCAUGGAACAUCAACAGAAGGAAUGAUGGGACUCAAAGCCUUUUUGGAAAGCAUAAACCACCAGAAUGUCGAGGAAUCUAUGAAUGUGUUGGCAAAGCGUAUCAGACUAACUGCCUGCAUCCAAAAUCUGAAGGAAAGAAUACAAAACAUCACAAAGAAACAGACUGAAAUCCUUCAAGCUCAAGAGGAUGUGAAGAAAUAUGAGAAUAUCUUUUUCACCGAGAUCACAACAGAGAGAAAGACCCUAUUCGAGGCUGAAGAGAAGUAUGGCCUGAAUAAAUGUCAGAAAGAAUUGGAAGAUCUUAAAGCAGACAAGGAACGCUGGCUGGACGAGGCCUACCAACAUGUGAAGGAGCUGAAGGAGAUUGCCCUGAUCACUAAUGCACUGUCAACUCACAUCUACUUGGAUGACCUGAUUCAGAUGAUGCAGGAUAAAGGAGAUGAAGAAAAGGCCAAGGAACUGGGGGAGGUUCAGACACGACUAAAUAAAGGACUUAGGGCAGCACUUAAGUACAUGCUCAUGGGUAAAUAA